CCCCCCCUCUGGCUGACGUCACUCGCCGGGUUCAGGCGCCGAAGGAGAAGGAGGAGAAGCCGAGGCUGGGACGAUGCGUUAAGGGCGCACGGGCACUGCGGCCGCCCCUCCUCCGUUGCGCGCGGCCUGGCCGGGAAGAUGAACUACCUGAACGUGCUGGCCAAGGCGCUGUACGACAAUGUGGCGGAGUCCCCGGACGAGCUGUCCUUCCGCAAGGGCGACAUCCUGACGGUGCUGGAGCGCAACACGCAGGGCCUGGCCGGGUGGUGGCUCUGCUCCCUCCACGGGCGCCAGGGCAUCGUCCCCGGGAACCGCCUCAAGGUCCUGGUCGGCAUGUACGACAAGAGGCAGGCGCAGCCGCCCCCGCCCGGGGCCCCCGCCACGCCCCCCCACCCGCCCCCGGGGGGCUUCCCCGCCCUCUCCCCCGCCCCCGCCUCACAGUACACCCCCAUGCACCCCUUCACCCCCCAGGAGGACAACGUCUACCUGGUGCCCCCCCUCACCAAGGCCCUGGCCCCCGGCCCCUUCCCCACCCCCCUUCCCCACCCUCCCUACCCCAAGCAGAGCCCCCCCCAGGGACCGGACCUCUACCAGGGCCCCCCCGGACCCCAGGACCUCUACCAGGUGCCGCCACCGCCACCACCGCCCCCCACCACCGGGGCCGGGCAGGAGAUCUACCAGGUGCCCCCCGCUCUGGACGGACGGACGAGGGAGACCCCCAAGGCGCCCCCCGGGAAGAAAACGGCCCAGGCUCUUCUGUUGCCUGUGGUGGUCCCCACGCGUGUGGGGCAGGUGUACGUCUACGAUUCGCCCAAGUCGGAAGCGGACGAGUACGACGUCCCCCGACACCUGCGGGAGAUCUACGACGUCCCCCCCACGCGGGGCCUCCUGGUCAACCAGUCCAGCCAGGAGGUGUACGACACCCCCUCCAUGAUGGCCAAGGGGCUCAGCGGCAGGAGUCUGGGCCCCUCCCAGGAGAUCUAUGACGUGCCCCCCAGCGUGGAGAAAAGCCUACAGGUGUAUGACAUUCCCCCCUCGGUCAGCAAGGACGUGCCGGACGCUCCCGCGCGGGACGAGACGUACGACGUGCCCCCCGCCUUCUGCAAAGCCAAGCCCUUCGACCCCUCGCGGCACCCGCUCGUCCUGGCCCAGCCGGGGUUGCCGCCCCCCCCCGCCGGCGGAGCCUUACUUGCCGAAGACGUCUACGACGUGCCUCCGGCCACGGCGGUCGCCGCCGCCCCCGACUCGCAGGAGAUCUACGACGUGCCGCCGGGGCUGCGGAAGGCGCCGUCCUGCCAGGAGGUCUACGACGUGCCGCGGGAUCUGCCGGCGGGGGGGCGGGACGGCGAGGGCGACUACAUCUACGACGUGCCCCCCCAGGCGGACCCCCGGGAGGGGAAGCGGCUCUCGGCCUCCAGCACGGGCAGCAACCGCAGCAACCUCUCCAGCUCCUCUCUGGACACGGUGCCGGUCAAGGAGGCCGCGGAGAAGGAGCUCCCGCUGGACCAGGAGGCGGCCAUGGAGACGCUGGCCCGGCUCCAAACCGCCGUGGCCGCCUCCGUCUCCUACCUCAUGUCCUUCGUCAGCGGCAACUGGCGCGGCCCCGAGCAGAUGGAGGCCCAGGCGGGCCAGAUCCGGGGGGCGGCCGAGAGCGUCCGGGGGGCCCUGCGGGAACUGCUGGAGUUUGCCCGGCUGGCGGUCAGCAACGCCGCCCAGGCCUCCGACCGCUCGCUCCACGCCAAGCUCAGCAAGCAGGUCCAGAAGAUGGAGGAGGUCUACCAGGCGCUGCUGCGGCAUGGCCAGGCCCUCGACGCCUGCAGCUGGGCGCCAUCCGCCCUCUCGGCGCCCACCAAGCCCGGCACCCUGGACGACCUGGAGCACCUGGUGAUGUUCUCGCGGGGAGUGCCCGACGACACCAAGCAGCUGGCCUCCUUCCUGCACGGCAACGCCUCCCUGCUCUUCCGGAGGACCAAGGCCCCCCCCGCCUCCCUGGGCGACGCCGGGCCCGGCCUGCACGCGGCAGACAAGGCCAGCACCAUCCAGUCCCGGCCGCUGCCCUCGCCCCCCAAGUUCCUGGCCCAGGACUCGCCCGACGGGCCCUACGAGAACAGCGAGGGCAGCUGGAUGGAGGACUACGACUACGUGCAUCUGCAGGGGAAGGAGGAGUUUGAGAAGACCCAGAAAGAGCUGCUGGAGAGAGGAAACAUCACCCGGCACGGCAAGGGGCAGCUGGAGCAGCAGCAGUUGAAGCAGUUUGAGCGUCUGGAGCAGGAGGUGACGCGGCCGAUCGACAACGACCUCUCCAGCUGGACCCCUCCGCAGCAUUAUGCGCAUGUCCGGAGCGCCGGUGGCGUUGGUGGCGCCGCCCUGUGCCCUUCGGACCGCCCGCUGCUGCUCUUCUACCUGGAGCAGUGCGAGGCCAACCUGACCACGCUGACCAACGCGGUGGACGCCUUCUUCACGGCGGUGGGCGCCAACCAGCCGCCCAAGAUCUUCGUGGCGCACAGCAAGUUCGUCAUCCUGAGCGCCCACAAGCUGGUCUUCAUCGGGGACACGCUGGCCCGCCAGGCCAAGACCCCCGAGGUGCGCCACAAGGUCACCCACUACAGCAACCUCCUCUGCGACAUGCUCAAGGAGAUCGUGGCCACCACCAAAGUGGCCGCGCUCCAGUACCCCUCUCCGGCCGCCGCCAAGGACAUGGUCGAGCGGGUCCACGGCCUGGCCAACAGCACCCAGCAGUUCCGCAUGGUGUUGGGCCAGCUGGCCGCCAUGUGAGCACGCGCCGUGGACAUGGACUGUAAAUACAUUGGUUGGACUUCGGGGACGCCGGGCAUGGGCCAACUUUGGCCCUCCCUCGGGGCGUUUUGGACUCCAACUCCCACAAUUCCUAACAGCCGGUAGGCUGUUAGGAAUUGUGGGAGUUGGAGUCCAAAACGCCCCGAGGGAGGGCCAAAGUUGGCCCAUGCCUAGUCUCCAUUCUCACCACCAAGAAAGACAAAUAAUUAUUUUUUUUUCCUCCCCGUUUGAUUCUGAAAUCGUUUGGCUUAAUGGGCACUAUUUAAAUCAAAUAAAGAAGAGAGAGAAUCCAA